CAACUUCCGGUCAACAUGGCAAGUCAACAACGAGACGCUUCUUUGAUAUGUUUGUUUGAUGUAGAUGGAACGUUGACCGCUCCACGUCAGGCAGCUACACAAGAAAUGUUGGAAUUCUUGAAAAGACUAAAACAAAAGUGUUAUGUAGGCUUGGUGGGAGGUUCUGAUUUAUCCAAGAUAGCUGAGCAGAUAGGAAGCAAUGUUGCAACAGAAUAUGAUUUUUUGUUUGCGGAGAAUGGAUUAGUUGCUUAUCAAGAUGGCAAACAAGUAGGACAGGAGAAUCUUCUUCACAACAAAGGGGAGGAAUGUCUACAAAAAGUGAUCAACUUUGCUCUGAAAUACAUGUCUGAAUUAGAGUUACCUGCCAAAAGAGGAACAUUUGUUGAGUUUAGAAGCAGUAUGUUAAAUCUUUGUCCAGUUGGUAGAAGCUGUUCACAGAAAGAAAGAGAUGAAUUUUCUGAAUUUGACAAGAAAAACAACAUAAGGCAGAAGUUUGUGGAGGCCUUGUACCAGAACUUUCCUGAGGCUGGACUGAAGUUUGCUAUCGGUGGACAGAUCAGUAUCGAUGUCUUUCCUGUUGGAUGGGACAAAACUUUCUGCUUACAGUUUUUGGAGAAGGCCGGCUUCAAGACGAUCCAUUUCUUCGGGGACAAAACAAAUCCAGGUGGAAAUGACCAUGAGAUUUACGAAGACUCCAGGACAAUUGGACAUUCUGUGACCAGUCCCCAGGAUACCAUUAAACAAGUGUCAGAGGUCAUUCCAGGGUUAUAAUGAUGGCUGCAGCUAGACAAUUCACAAUUUAUCACUCUAGAUAUUUGAAAUCCUUUCACCUCUCUUACCAAGAAUUCAUGAGGAAUACUCCUUGGAGGUUAAUAAAAUAACCAGAUUUGUGCAAUUUGUACAGUUUUAUUCUACCAGUUGUUUGAACUGGUAAUUGUAAAACAUAGUGGGGGGUUCAUAUAUGGAGGGCUUAUUUAUUUAUGGCUUAGACUUAACAAACUUUCUGAUCAUUCCAACAACAAAAAUAUUUUAUUGUGCAAAUUCUAGUAUUUACAUACUAUCCUGAUAUUAAUUAUCUAUUUUAAGAUUAUCAACAUAUGACAUUAGCUUUUCAUUUAUACAUGAUUUACUAAAGGUUCAAUACUGAAUCUCGUAUGCAUCAAAUUUCUAUGGACUUGUACACAUAUAUUUACAUUUUAUAUUAUUUUUUCCUAAAUGAUGUGUCAA